CUGAUCCAGCCCAUUGUGCUCUCCUGAAGUUCCUGUUUCUACGUUCAUGGGAACCGUACUGCGGAUUUAUUAGAGCAUGGAUUUUUGAAGGUAGAAUUGCUGAUCCUUUUAAAGAGUUCAUCGUGGAAAUUGUGAAAGAGCAACCUGAUCAUGAGCCGGGUAACACUGGAAUCUCUAAUGACUCCAUUAGCAAGUGUUAGGGUGCGACAGGGAGUUUUACCUUUGUUUCUGGAGGAUUGUUUACUGCCCCUUUUCCGAGCAGGUCAACAGCUUCAAAUAAUAACAAAGUUACUUGAGUUCUGUGAUACUUUUGGACCAUUUAACGGUAUUCCUGAAGAACUUCCUGGCAUCAAUGGGUUUUCAAGCGAAUUCCGAAGCUUCAGAUCGUCCUUUUUAUUUGAGAAAGGAACUAUUGAGACAAUGGUGGUUUCAAGAAACGGUUAUUACCAAAGGAUGCUGGAGAAAGUUGACAAUGUUUUCACUAAGAUGGAAUUCAGAUUUCGGGAGGUAAUUUUUCAGAGGCCACUGUUCCAGUAUCAUCUUUCUUAUACAUCUUUUGCUUUCCUCUACAGCUGUAGGAUCUGUGACUUUUUUUUUUCUUUCUAGGAUAACAAGGUAUGUUGAAUCUUGGCUA